AUGGUCUCAGGAAGUCAAGAAAACAUUUCAGGGUUUAUCAUCGAAGGGUUUUCCGAAACUCCUGAGCUUCAAAAUCAUCUUUUUGUGCUAUUUCUUGGAAUCUAUCUAAUCAUUCUGCUGGGAAAUCUCAUCACAUUCUUAGUCAUUUCAUGGAAUCCUCAAUUACACACCCCCAUGUACAUAUUCUUGCAGAACCUUUCAAUCAUAGACAUUUCUUUCACCUCAGAUAUUUUACCUAAUUUGCUACAUAUUCUUCUCACUCAACAAAAUAACAUUUCAUUCUUCAGGUGUAUGACUCAACUGUAUAUUUUCAUGUCCUUGGCUGGCAGUGAAUACUUUCUCCUAACGGCCAUGUCAUAUGAUCGUUAUGUUGCCAUCUGUGAUCCCCUUCAUUACAAUGUCCAUAUGAACAGGAAACAUUGUGCUUGGCUUAUAACUGCAACAUAUAUCUUUGGUUUUGUUGACUCUAUUGGACAUGUUGUCAUUAUAUCUAAACUAUCAUAUUGUGCUUCCCGUCUUAUUAAUCAUUUUUUUUGUGAUAUUGCACCAUUUCUGCAACUUUCUUGCAGCAGCACUUUUGGUGUGGAACUUCUCAUUUAUAUUGAUGGGACAUUUCUGGUUUUUAGUUCCUUCCUCCUUACUCUGACCUCAUACAUAUUUAUCAUCUCUGCUAUCCUGAAAAUCCGAUCCUCAGAGGGGAGACAAAAAGCCUUUUCUACCUGUGCUUCUCACUUGACCUGUGUGAUAACCCUUUAUGUGACAGUUAUUUGCUUGUAUGUAAGACCCAAAAAAAUGUAUUCUCUUAAAAGGGACAAGUAUUUUUCACUGCUUUACAUUGUCUUGGUCCCCAUGCUAAAUCCUCUCAUUUACACACUGAAAAAUAGAGAAUUUAAAUAUUCUCUUAUUAAAAUGAGGCAAAGAAUUGCAUUUAUUUUAGAUUCGUGUUAA